UCCGGCCGCCGGCACGCCGCUUCCGGUGGCGGGGCGGGGCGGGGCGGUCGGGCCGCCGCCCGGCGGCUGACGGGCGAUAACGGCCGCGGCGGUGCCAUGGAGGCGGUGGACGCGGCGUUCCCUCGCUCCGCACGCGGUGCCCUGAAGAUCUCCCGCCUGGUGGUGGCCGUCGUAGCCUGCGUCUGCUUCGUUGCCUCCCGCUCCCACGAAGCCUACACGGCGCUGGCGGGGAUGGAAGCCCUCAUCACGCUGCUGUUUUUCCUGCUGUACCUGCUGAAGCUGGACAAGAAGAUGACCUGGCUUUUCUGGCCUCUGGCUGAUGUUUUCAACUCAGUGAUUGCAGCUCUGUUCCUCCUAAUUGUGGGCUUGUUUGCAGUCGUCAUCAAAACCAACCACGGGACACUGGCCGGAGGAGUGCUUGGUCUUGUGUUGCUUGUUCUCUGUGUUGUUGAUGCCGUUGUUCUUUUCCAGAAGAUAAGCAUCAGUAGACCAAGGGAAAGGAAUGCUCCUGCAAAAUAAGAUUUCCAUUGCAGCAAAAGGAGAGUUCCUUGAUGAUUGUUUUACUGCUUGCUUAUUAAAGAAUACGGAUUGUCAUGUUCACCUUUCA